GUGUCAUAUGUUGGUAGACGGUAACAAUCUAAGAGAAUCUCUAGAAAAAGCCGAGUUUUCAAUGAUCUUGGAGUUAUGGUUUAGCGAUACUUCUCCGACAAAUAUGGUUAUGAUUUCCUCGAGAUCGUUGCAGCUCAACAUGUCCCCCAUAGAAGGCCUGCAUUACCAUUUACCAGUUUUAUUCGACUACUUUCACUUAUCGGCCAUUUCUUUGACUGUCCAUGCCGCACUGACUGCUUUGCAUCAGCCUUCAGUAAAGAAGGGAAUACUUCGGUACAUGCAAAGUUGCACUCCAAAGAGUUCAAAGUCUUGGAGCAAAAUAAAGUCUGCCCAAUGUUCUUCUUUAACGGAUCCCGUCCUACCAGUGAGUAGUAAUAAGAUUUAUAGCAGAAUUAACGAAUCACCACAAAUACAUUUAGAGGCCUACAACGUUUUACAAGAUUCUAGCAAUAAUCUGAAAAGCACUAUCAAGGAAUACAAAACGUUACUGCAACAGAGAGAAGAAAUCGUUUCAGAUAAUUAUGAUACACUCAUUGUGAAACACAAUGAGUACGAUAGCACUAAGUUGAUGAAAAAACGGCCUUACAAGCAAAAUUCUGGACUUGCUGAAGUUUGCGCUAACAACAUAAAGUUGUGGAACUAUUUUUUACUAACUUUCAGUUGUAAAAUCGCGAUUCAACAGCAUUUGAGUAAAAAACAUCAUAAUUUAAGGGUACGACGAUUCGCCGAAUUAUUUUUUUCCAUUUACAAUCCACGACAUCUAGCUUUCGGCUGUAACGAUGCGACGUAUCAAAAUUAUUUAGUAAUUGCGGAAGUAGCUAGAAGGUCCAAAUAUAUGCAAAUGUUACCACCACUUCCCAUUCAUUGUGUACCGCUUGAUGGUGAAAGUUCUACUUUGCCUGUUAUUUUCGAGGACCAGUAUCAAGAUCCAUACGACUACAAGAAAAGAACCAAUGAAGAAACCAAGCUGAUAACAAAUCGGGAUACCGAUAUCUGGACUAAGUCCUCAAAACUCAUAGACUUGGAAGAAUCGAACUGUUCUUGUGGAAUCGGCAAAUUGUGGGAUAACAGGAAAAGUUCGGAAAAAACGUUGGUAAACGUGGAACUGUAUAAUCCGGUAGAUCCUUUGAAUUUCAGCAUUCCAGCAAGGCAUAGCAAGUCUUUGGAUCAACUAAAAAUGUGUUCGCAAAAUACCAUACAUUAUUCCCUUAGUAAUAUUAGAGGCCAAAAAGGAUUAAACAUAAGUAGCGAGAGUAAAGGAAAAUCUCAUUUAUACAAAAGGAAUCCAAUGCUGAAAAAUGUUGCCAGUGAACACAAUAUAAGAAAUCAAAAAUAUUUCAUGCAAGACGACUUCGAUUUGGAUUCUUCGAAAUAUAAAGGGAACUGGUGUCAGGAAGGUUCGUAGUACUUCUUGUAUCUCCGAAGAGCUCGUUCCACCGAUUAUGUCAGGUACCGAAUCACUGCCGAACAUAACCGCAAAAUUUGAAGAAA